AUGUACUCUGUCAACACAGGGCGAGCCGUGCCGGACCGGAUCGCGUCUGGGUCGAAUGAGGGUAGCACGUCCGGUGCGUUCCUCCCCGUACACAAACUCCCCCUGUGCCAGAAGGAAGCGCUGAAGGCGUGCCAAGAUAGCCGGCGAGUCGUGGAUAAAGGUGGUCGCCAUAUUGAUGUUGAACAGGCGGCCGUUGCAGCGGACGGUGGUCUGGUACAUCUCGCCCUCGCCGUCGCCGGCGCCAGGCGCCUCAUACACCACCUUGGCUAG